AGUAAACCAUUCUCGGAACUACAUGGUUGUCGGAUUGGAAUGUUCUCAUACGGUUCUGGUCUUGCUUCUGCCAUGUUUUCCUUAAUAGUCUCAGACACAGAAACUGCAACUGCUCAAAAACUUUUCAAUAACCUUGCCGACAUUCCAGAAAGAUUGAAAACAAGAACAGAAGUACCGCCUGAUGAAUUUGUUAAAAUCCUUGAGAUUCGAGAGAAAACUCAUCAUCUAAAUAACUACACGCCUUGGCAACAUGCCUCGGACAUUGCAACUGGAGCAUACUGUUUACUUCAUGUUGACGAGAAAUAUCGUCGGUCAUACGCUCGAAGGACAUCGGACGGUUUUGUUGAUUUUGAUGGGAACUGUGUCAUCGUGGAAAAGCCGCUGGAGGAAACGACUGUACCAGCAUGUCAGCUAUAUUGAAUGUAUUUUACUUGCAACCGGAAAUUGCAACGCCCUUGCAAAUAAGCAUGCGCUUGCAAAUGAGAGCAUGAGCUUAUUCUGAACAUUAGACAGAUUUAGAAAAGACGACGCGAGCUCAAAGACGACGUGAAAAUGACGUGUACGCCUCGCGUUCACUUCCGGGUUUUAAUCUGGGACGGCUUGUUUAUCUUUUUCGAAGCAAAUUUUUGUUUUCUUGUUCCCUGCUCAUUCCUGUAUUGUUUUCAAUCAGUUGUCAAGUUAUGUGCAAGAAAAGGCUUUAUAAUACUGGCCAAGUGUUUCCUGAUGAAUUAGUAUGAACAUUCAAUAAGUUUUUUUUUAGAAAAAGACGUAUAUUUCGGUAUUUUGAAAAGUGAACUUUGUUGCAUCAUUUGGAAUAAAUACUAUAGCUGCAGGUAUUGUUUACGAGCUAAAUGCUUUAGUUUGUAGCCUAUUCAAUCAAGUUUGUCAACUGUUUAGUAUAAAUAAGGCAUCAGUGCUUAUAUUGAUAAAAUUUAAUACUGUUUAAGAUAGUUUUUCACGCUGGAAAGCGUUUUUUUACUUCCCCUACUUUUUCGCACUGUUGUGACAGAGCAACUAAAAUUGAUUGAGUUUUUACUGCUUUUAAUUGCUUUUAUUCUUCUAUCUUCCCAAGUUUUCCUGAUUUUAAACAGUUUUUAAUAUAACUUCACUUCAUUUUGUUCUAAAAUGUUUGUUUUGGUGAAGAAUACUAGCGGUAUCGAAGUGGUUAUUUACAAUGCUUGCAGUUUUGUUGAUUUGUUAUGGCGACCGAAAGUAUUUGUCAAAAAUUAACACGUUCAAAUUUAGCGAAAUACAAGAAAAACAACCUUGUCAAUGAAAAACCUUUAACUAGAAUCAUUAAACAAUACUUGGGGAACAAAAUAGGAUGAUUUUUAUCAUGCAUACUCUCAUAUUUUUUUCAAAAGUAGCAUAAAUCUGUGACGUUUUAGAGAGGACGUGAAAAUUGAAUUUUCGCGUCGUGAAAUUGUCCAAGACGACGUGGCAAAUCAGAAGCUGACGAUAGUUGGCGCCAAAUGACGCCAUCCACGUCGUCUUUGAGGUCGCGUCGUCUUUUCUAAAUCUGUCUAAUAUUUCAAC